UGCACUUAAAUUAAAAAAAGUGAUCUUGUGCUUAAAAAGUUUGGAGAUCACUGCUCUAUGGUGUGAACAGUGAUGCAAACUGAAGAUGGCUUCUUAAGCUAACCUUUGCAGUAUGCAUGCUUUCACUUGUGUUAGGCCAGCUCAAGUGGAUUUCUUCUAACGUAUCAACUCAUGUUAACAAUGAAGUUAGGACAAUUUUUUAUAAACUAAGUCCUUGGAAAGGAAAAAUUUAGUAUAGAUUAAAGCUGAACAUUGCCAGUUACAAAUACCGAGAUAUACUUACCAGAAUGAAUUUUGGGGUGGAGGGAAAUGCCCCCUUAAAUACAAGUUUGUGUAACUUGCUAAGAAUGGUGAAACUAUAUAAAAUAACUGUUGAUGACAAGAACUGAGUGUAGACUUAAUAUCAAAAGCUAUUGAAUGUGUAGUGGAGUAGUAGGUCUUUAAUAGAGUUCCUUUGUAGUAAUCUAGGAUUAAAAUCCUUAAUUUCAUUGGUGAUAAAGGAGAUGGAAAAAGGACUUCGUUCCUUGGAGGAAGAAUCCUGUGUUUAAAAUUAUUUUAGUGACAGGAUGAAUAUAAGGACAUGUCUGACUUUUAUUUUUUUUCCUUUUAAUAUACCCUAGAAGAGCACUCUUUAUCCAAUGCAGCCCCCGACUUUUUUGCUAUCCUUGCACAUUUUAAGAGUUGCAGACAAAGCAACAAUACAGGAUGGUCAGAUUUUUUUUUUUAACAUUUUGUCUUUUGCUCAUGUAUUGUGAAAAUAGAAUCUUAAGUGUCCUACUGUGCAGGAAAAUAUGGUUUUAGAUCUACUUCCUGUGUGAUUUUUUUUUUUGGGGGGGGGGGUUGGUUGGUACUAUAUUUUUUUGUAACAAACUGCUCAGGAGUAUGUUUCUUUAAGUGUGGACCUAAGCGUACUUCAAAAAUUUUCCAUUAAUGUUUAUUUGAAUUUGACUGUUUCAGGAACCUUCUUAAGAAGGUUCAUUUUAGACCUUGUCCAAAGAUUAAAAAACCCAAAUAUUUUUCCUAGCAGGGACUCUAGCCCCCAGGCUUAAAAAAAUAAGCUAAUGAUUAAGUCAGUAACUUACUCAAAUUUAAUGUUGUCAUCUGUUUUAAUGUGCAUGUAGAUUAAGGGAACUGGCUGUUCUGGAAACUGAAAUCCUCUGUUUAUUCACAGGUCAGAUAUGAUGCAGGCAGCCAAAGUGUGAGCUUUCUUACACUGGCCUAUUGCUGACCUGAGUCCUGAUUUGGAGGGACCACAUUCUAUAAGGGCUCGCCUCUCAUAUAUGCGAAUUAAAUAUCUCUUCAUCUCUUGGUUAGUAGUAUUUAUUGGCAGCUGGAUUGUAUAUGUUCAGUACUCCACUUACACAGAGCUAUGCAGAGGUCAUGACUGUAAGAAAAUAAUAUGUGAUAAAUAUAAGACUGGAGUUAUUGAUGGAUCAGCAUGUAGUAGUCUUUGUGCUAGAGAAACUCUUUAUUUUGGAAAAUGUUUGUCAACAAAACCCAAUAACCAGAUGUAUUUAGGAAUCUGGGGUAAUCUGCAAGGUGUCAUAAAAUGCCAGAUGGAAGAAACUAUUCAUCUUGAUCUUGGAACUGAACUAGAACCAAGAAAAGAAAUAGCUCUGUUUGAUAAACCAACUAGAGGAACUACUGUUCAGAAAUUCAAAGAAAUGGUAUAUGGUCUUUUUAAAAAAAGGUUGGGUGAACAGGGAAAUCUUUCUGAACUGGUUAAUCUCAUCCUGUCAGUUGCUGAUGGAAAUAAAGAUGGCAGAGUUUCCUUACCAGAAGCCAAGUCAGCGUGGGCUCUUCUGCAGCUAAAUGAGUUUCUGCUAAUGGUGAUCCUCCAAGAUAAAGAACACACCCCAAAACUGAUGGGAUUUUGUGGGGAUCUCUAUGUGAUGGAAAGAGUUGAAUAUACCUCUCUCUAUGGAAUAAGCCUUCCAUGGAUCUUAGAACUUAUUAUUCCUUCUAGUUUCAGAAGAAGCAUGGACCAGUGGUUUACUCCAUCAUGGCCUAGAAAGGCAAAAAUAGCCAUAGGGCUUUUAGAAUUUGUGGAAGAUGUUUUCCAUGGACCUUAUGGGAAUUUUCUUAUGUGUGAUACCAGUGCCAAAAACUUGGGUUAUAAUGAUAAAUAUGACUUGCAAAUGGUGGAUAUGAGAAAAAUUGUGCCAGAAAUUAAUGUGAAAGAAUUAAUUAAAGAUCGUCACUGUGAGUCUGACUUGGACUGUGUUUAUGGUACAGACUGCAAAACUCUGUGUGACCAAAGUAAAAUGAAAUGUACUACAGAAGUAAUUCAGCCCAAUUUGGCAAAAGUAUGCCAUUUACUAAAAGACUACCUGCUUCGUGGUGCUCCAUCAGAAAUACAUGAAGAGCUAGAGAAACAACUGUAUUCUUGUAUUGCCCUUAAAGUCACAGCAAACCAGAUGGAAAUGGAGCAUUCUUUAAUACUGAACAACUUAAAAACUUUAUUGUGGAAGAAAAUAUCCCAUACAAAUGAUUCUUAGUAUCUUUAACCACAGAAGAAAACGUUGCCACUAUAGGACGCUUACCACUUUUUAUCAAAUGCUUCUUUGGCAUUUUUGAAUUAUUUCUUCUUAACUUAGACUUCAUUAACUUUUUCCUAAAUCUUACUCCAGCAAACACUACUACUACAGUGCUUCGCAGAGAGAGAAUGUGCAACUUAAUGAAUUAUCUGGCAACAGUUACAACAGCUUUGUAAUUGGACUGUUCCGUCAUGGAAAUAAACCAUGUGCUUGCCUUCCCUUUGCACUUUUGUACAAAAUCUUAAACUGGGGUCCCUUGUCAAUAUUAACUGCGAUAAUUGACUAAUUCAACUUUUUUUUAAAAUGCUGUGACUGCCCCAUUCAUUUAUAAAUAUACACUUAGAAUUAUUUUUUUAAGUUGUUACAAAUGCUUGCCAAAAGAUCCACCACUACUAUUAGAAAUAAUGUGCUUGAUUUCAAGAGACUUAUUGGAAUGAACUGAACAUUUUGAGAAUGAAGUUUACUAAUAACUUAGCAUGGCAGAAUUUGCACAAUGGAAUUUUUUUUAAAAUGGCUAAACUUAGUGACAAUUAAAAAUUAUCCCAGAAAACUGGGUAUUUUAGUAUGAGAUUGUAUAUAUACAUUUUUACCUUAUACUUUCUUACAUCUCUAAAGUUACCAUGUUAGCUAAAAGGUCUUAAUUAGAGGUCCUGGUUCAGCACACAAAGUUGGGAGCUAAGAAUUUAAAACAUUUAUGUAUUUUAAAAGUUGCAUAUACUACAGGAACAGUAAAUUGUUACACAGUUGGAUAAUAGGAGCUACAAAGCCGAGUCUUGAAAUAUCAGUAACGUAAAGAAGGUUAAGCAGUAGACACAUUUGAAGCCAAGGAUUUUAUGGACUAGGUGAUUCUAAAAGGGUCAGGAGUUAUAGAUUAGGGUAGGUAGUAUAUGUUUAGUGUCUCAAACUAAGUGAAGUAUCUGAAACUACACUUCUAACACUGAGCCAGUCUAAAGUUUGUGUGGUAAGAUCAGUCUUGCAUUUAUUCUCUCCUGGUUUACUUUAACAAAUCUCUAAAUUAGAGCUAUGCUUAAGCUACAAGACAAUCUAGAUUCUGAUCUUGAUUUCUCUAAACUUUGGAGGUGUUCAGAUUUGGAGUUUUUUGUUUGUUUGGGCUCUUCUUUAACCUAAGCACUAAAUCAUUAAUUAGUGAAAAUAUUAUCCUUGGCAUGUUUUUUUAAAUGUUUACUGCGUGCAAGGUUUAUUCUCUGAAGCAAUGAGUGAAUACCGAAGAUUGGCUUGUGAGGGGAAACGGCUCCCAUUUGUCCAUAUUCCACAUUCCUCCUCCCCCAGAUUUGUCAGCCAGUUCUUGACUUUGCUCAGGAGUGGCUCAAGUCACAAAAUUUUGCAGACUGUGUGUGUAACACACUUGUGAAGACUAUGCUUGGUAUUCACCUGUAACAAACCCUUCAUAAACACUUAAUUCACUUCUUCUUCUUGCUCAAGGGAGAUGGGAGGGGGGGGGGACGAUGACACAUUUCAAAAGUACUAUUUAAAGUGUUUUUUUGCUGCUUUGCAAGUCUUUUCUGUUUUAACUAGGACUUAAGAAAUGUUUCAGUAAAUUGGUUAAACUGGUUUUUAACCUGUUUAUUAUUUAACUGGAUAACUGACUAAAGCAGGGCCUGGGCUAGGGACUGCUUCAGCCUCAGACUGCUGGGCAGCUGCCCUCCACCACCCUCUCCUGCCAGAGCAACCCAUUCAUGGCAGACCUGGGCUCCCUAUGGGCAGAGGCUGCUCUGUGGGCAGCCAGGUUCCCCACAGAUAGACUGCUUCUGUGUCUGGAGCAGCCCCUCUCUGUGACAGGAGAGGAGCUGCUGCAGCCCCUACUACCUACUAGUUGAACAAGUAUCCAUUUUGGGUGAUGCUUACAUGUUAGCCAGUUAAAUUUUCACAUCCCUAGAGGAUUUUAUUUUCUUCCACUUCUGUAUAUACUGUGGGAAAUAUUAAUUCUUGUUUUAGGGUUUUUUGGUAAAGUUAUUUGACUCUUACAGGGUCUACCUUCUGCUGUCUCCUUAAAGAUAAGACCUGUGGUGUCUCCUCUUUGAGGGCAGAUCAAUCACUUUUUCUUACUGGAUAAAUCUGAAUGUGAAUAUUAUUAUUGCUAUUGGGAAGUAAACUAUUGAACCUAGUAUUAUGGAUAUUCUAAAUGUUUUGGGAUAACUGGAAACUUAUCACCAAUGCUGUUUAUUGUACAUUUUGGCUUCUACUGCACCACCGUCAAGGAGUUUUCAUUUAGAAUGUUAAUUGUUUACAAUAAAAAAAUCCUUUCCCUUUU